AUGGCUUCCUUCAUGGAAGACCUGUGGUCGAGCAUCUUUACCCCAGGACCCACUCCAACCCUUUUGAUUGCGACCAACGUCACUUUCGCCGCACUCCAGCUUAUCUUCCUUGUCCUCCUCUUAGCCACCUACAGCCUCCAUUUCGUCGCCCUGUCCAUCAUCAGCGGUGGACUAUGGUGGUCCAUCAACUGGUUCGCUGCCGAGGUUCGACUGGCCCAGCAGGCGCAGGAAGCGGAGAAAGAAAAACAAGGGUCGGAGGGUGACGCGAAAACGCGGAAGAGUCCCGCUGUAAGAGAAAGCGCCGACAGCGAAACUGAAACCGAAGUCCUUGUCGCUAGGAAGACAGACGAUAAGUCUGCUCCUGUCGCGACUGGGAGUGCAACGUCCGGGUUGAUGCCCACGGCGCGCGAUCCUAAGAAGCGGCUCAGCACUGGGGAUGGGUCGGGCUAUGGGAGCACUGAUAGCGAGUGGGAGAAGGUUGAUGAUACUCAAUCUUGA